AGCUACACACACUUGAGUUGUAAAGAAAGAUAAGGGAAGAAAAGUAGCUUUAAAAAGGCCCCAUCCGGUGGAGGCGUCGGGAGCAGGCGAGCGGCCCCGUUCGGAGGCUUCGGACCGCAGACGCCGAGCGGGUGUGCAGACGAAGCGGAAGGAAGCAGGAAGGCCGCCUCCAUUUUAGCUGCCGCGGCCGCUGGGCGCCUCACGUGUCGUGGCCUGCCCGCCUCACAUGACCCGUGUGUUUGUCCCCGUGAUCACAGCCUCCAUCUCCGGCGGAUCGGACACGUUGCUGCCGUCGCUGGUUCCCACGCCGAGCGAGCCUUGAUGGAUCUGCUGGAGCAGAGUGCGGACAGCUCGGCGAGUCACGACAAACAGGAACCCGACGACAUUGAGCAGUUACAGGAAGGAGAAGCAGAGGAUCAAUCGGCUGGGACUAUUUCUCCAGUCCCGCAGGGUGCGUUCACUGACCACAAUGUCCAGUACCAGUUCCGCACAGAAAACACCGGUGGGCAGGUGACCUACCGUGUAGUUCAGGUGUCGGAUGACAACAUUGACGCAUCCGCCGACGGCGCCGGGGCCGUGAACGUCGUCUCCGCUGCAGCGUUUGCGGGGGCCCCCCAGGCUGUAAUCCAGAAUCCUUUCAGCAACGGGGGGAGUCCUGUCGGGGAGACGGUCGGAGGAGAGACGCGUUUCGCAUACUUUCCAGCCGCCGCUGUCAGCGACGGGACAGCCGCAGCCGUGUCGGUGCAAACAACGUCCGACCCGACAAUCGCACAAGGGGCAGCAGGUCAGUUCUACGUAAUGAUGACCCCUCCCGACGUGCUGCAGUCGGCAGCCCAACGGACGAUCGCGCCACGCACACAUACUUACCCAGCAGACCUUGGCGAAAGCGAGAUGUUGCAGCAUGGCAGCACAAACUGGAAGGUGGAUGGUCCACGAGCACCGAGGGAUGAAAGAAGAAGAGCACAACACAAUGAAGUGGAGAGAAGAAGAAGAGACAAGAUUAACAACUGGAUUGUCACACUUUCUAAAAUCAUCCCUGACUGCAACAUAGACAGUAGAACUGGGGCUAGUAAAGGGGGCAUCCUGUCCAAGGCUUGUGAUUACAUCCGCGAGCUGCGCCAGAAUAAUCAGCGAUUGCAGGAGAGCUGCAAAGAAGUGGAGCGGGUUGAGCUAGACAAUGAACUCCUGAGACAACAGCUUGAGGAACUAAAAAGCGACAACGCGUUGCUUCGAGCGCAGCUGCAGCAGCACGGUGUAGAAAUCAACGGAGAUUCCACAGCCCAGUGAUGAGCGGACUGGCAACCCCCACAGUCGCAAAACAUGCUUGUUCCCGCUUACCUGAACGAUAAAUAGCAGGCAGGGAAUAACCGCAGGUGACUACGUACUUCCAUCUGGAUCCCAUUGAACAUAAAGUGGGCCAAUGGCCUCGUUGAAGGACCACUGACAGGACAGAGAGAGAGACAGACGGACGAUGUCCCCCUCGAUAUGCUGCUGGUCAAUGGCUGACGUUUACUGACUAGCCCAAUGAACCCCUCAGCUCUGCUUCAAGGAGAACAGCCUCAACGGACCACCGUACUUGCACAAAGCUUUAUUUUACUGUAAUUUAUAAUCCUGCCACUCUUCCCAACCUCUCAUUAUUUUGGUUGUCUUUUCAGUUUUUUCUUUUGGGGAGGGGGGAGCUACCAAAUCUUAUAGGAAAUACCACUUAGCCGUCACUCAUCCUUAAUUUAUGAACCUAGUCCAAAGUCAGCAUAUGUAAUUAUUAUUUUUAGGCAGUUAAUCAGUGAUGCACUUGUGAUGGUGUCGGUUUAAUUUUUAGUGCAAGACCUAAACGAGGUGUAAACCUAGCUCAGGUAAAUUGGGGUAGUGCACUGACAUCUGGUUCCCAGAUUUUACAUAUAGAUUUUAUUUUUUAGAAUGAAAAAAAAUUUUUUUUUUUUUUGGUCUCCUGGUGCAAUGGAGAGACAGAUGAAAAAUGUCCACCAUGUGAAUCAGUUUUAUCGGGCAUCACUUCAAGUAGCUGGUUAAAGUUUCCUUUAUAUGUCACUGAGGUGAAUGAAUGUGAGGUCUUGUUUGGAGACCCGCUUCUUUUUGGGCUCGUGGCUUUUCCUUUUUUUUUUUUUUGUGGGUUGGUGUUGCUUCCCCACUAAUCAAAUGCGCAGCAAUGUUCGAGACAACUGUGGCUCAUAGGAGGCAAUAAACAGCAUGAAUGAGCUGAUAUUUUGGA